AUGUCAGUUGCUAUAACCUCGUUUGACGGCGACCAGCAGAUGGCAGAAGAUACCAUAGCUUCAACCACACCGCUUAAGGGGGGUUCAACAACCUCGACAUUCCAACACGAGGAACAUGGCGAGCCAAAGAUCGAGAGUAUUGAUUCGAUUGCAAGCUCGGAAGAGCUACGCAAAACCAUCAGAAGGAUGGACCUUGUCGUCGUGCCGGUGAUGAUGGUGCUUCUUGCGUUCUGCUACAUCGAUCGCUCCAACAUGGGUCUCGCUGCGGUCGCAGGCAUGGCAGCCGAGCUGGAUUUCAAGUCAUACCAGUAUUCCAUCUCGCUGUUGGUCUUCUUCCCUGGCUACGCUCUUUUUGUCAUCCCCAGCAACUACGUUCUUCACAGAACUUCGGUCCGGUACUGGCUCACAUUCCUCUCGAUCACUUUCGGUCUUUUCACUUUGGGGAUGGGGCUCAUCCGUAACUACGCUGGUCUGGUUGCCAUGCGCGUCUUUUUAGGCAUCUGUGAAGCUGGUGUUUACCCCACUGUGAUUGUGGUUGUGAGCUCAUGGUACCCCCGUUAUUACUUUGGGAGGCGAUUGGCUUUAGUCGUUUGUGGCGCCUCUCUGAUCUCUUCUUUGUCCGGAAUCCUCGCGUAUGCUUUUUCACGCAUCAAUACUGCCGACUACGCUGGGUGGCGCUGGAUCUUCAUCCUCGAGGGUACAAUCACCGUCCUCGUGGCAGUCGGGGCUUUCUUUGUGCUUGAUGAAUACCCCGAAAAGUCGAGGCUUCUCUCAGAAGAACAACGAGAUGUCGCUGUCCGAUUGAUUGCGCAAGAUCGGGAGGAGCAUGGUGAAGAAAAAUUGACGGUCAAGUUGGUGAUACGGACGCUCGGCGAUUGGAAAAUCUGGAUUUUCGGGAUCAUGUACAUGUUCUGCGUCGCCACCACGUACGGUAUGGCGUAUUUCAUGCCCCUGAUCCUGAACGGUCAAAUGGGUUUCACUGGAGCACUCAGUCAGGUCCUAACCACUCCGCCAUAUUUCUACUCCUUUUUCCUGGCUGCUGGUCUUUCCUGGAUGUCCGAUCGGAUCCGCAUGAGGUCGCCGUUUGUAAUCUUCUUCUCGCUGAACGUCAUAAUGGGGAUCGUAUUGACGCGGUGGGGACCCAGUACCGGCUCUCAAUAUCUGGGCUUGUUCUUCACCCUCGGUGGUGCGCUGGUCAAUGGCCCUAUGAUCAUUGUCUUUGGUCAGAACAAUGCACCGACACGAACAAAGCGCAGCCUGAUCUCAGGGCUGCAACUUACCCUUGGAGCCGUGGGAGGCAUCAUUGGCUCCACCGUGUUCAGGUCUCAGGAUGCCCCGUCCUAUACUCCAGGUGUGAUUGUGGUGCUUUGCUGUACUGUUGGCAUCAUUGGUCUUAGCUUGCUACUUGCCUGGCAUUUCCAUCUACAGAAUCGGCUCCACAAAGAGACAGGUCGCAUCUUGGAAGGUCAGGAAGGCUUUGUCUAUACACUUUAA